GCGAAGCUGAGAGGGGAUUGGUUGGCGCGGAUGCAGCGGAAGGAGGCCCAGCUGAGGGCCACGUGGGAGCGGCUGGAGCGCCGGCGCCUGGAGUUAGCGCCGCCGUCCGCCCAAUCUAACGGCGUUACCCUCUCCUCCGUCCGUUGUACGGCUCGGAGCCGCGCCGAGAGGUCGGCGCCGUCGACUGUGCAGAGCGCGCAAAGCGUGCAGAAAGCUGUCUCCCUUCAUGAUGUGAGAACGAGUUGCGACGCCACUCCAAGAAGCACAAGCACAAAAAUUCCGUCGUUUAGUAGAAGCGCUUCUUCCUCGAUCUCUCGAAGUCCUAUUUCGCACGUUCCGAGGCCUUCGUAUUCUAAUCAAGUGAAAAGAAGGGUCCAAGUUGAAACAAACUCAGUUCACAACGUCUCGGACCUCAGAAAGGAAAAUAGAGUGCCAUCGUCGAGCCUUUUAGCUCGAAGCAAAAGCGCAAGUGAACAAGUAAGCUCUCUCAAGCCGAAAAAGCCGGCGAGAUCGCACUCUAGGAGGAAUAGUUUGGCUAGUUCGAGUGAGUUCGAGUGUGUCGUUCCAGCCGCUGCAAGAAGUCCACCGAAACAACAAGAUGAGGAAACUGUUCUUGUUGAAAUCCAAAAGAGCGGUUCGUCGAAGCCGUUUUUGCGGAGAGGCAGUGGCAUUGGUCCUGGUGCAGGUGCUUCUAUAGCUAAACUGCGAGCCUUUCAAGUUUCUGAGACUCAGAAGGAUGGAGAUUCUGAAUUGGUUAUGGUUGGCAUAUCUGAAGAACUUCUGAAAUCAGUCGAGGAACUUAAAGCCUUAGAAUUCUCCGCUGAUUUUGAUGAAGUAUCACUCAAAUCUAUUGAUCCAAGAUCACAUAAUCGUGGCACAUAUGUACCCAUCAAUGAAGAAAACGAUCGAUCUAUUACUUCUCAUUCCAAGUUUGAUUCAACCGAGAAGGUCCGUGGAUCAUCGGGAGAAAGCUCAGGAUCUUGGUACUCGAACGUCGACUCUUCUCUUUCUAAUGGAUCAGGGAGAGAUGAAUCAGUGGAUUCUCCCUCUGUUGGUUCACGAUACGCUGAUUCUCAGCUCCUAGCCAGAAAUAAAAGCGAAACUACUGAGAAGCCAGUUCUUGUUUCUAAUACUUGCGGGGAAUCACAAAAGGAUGUCGCGAAAGGGUUGAGGAGGUUCUUGAAUUUAGGCAGGAAGAGCAAAGGGAGAGAGAGCACCAUUUCCGCGACCAAUUCUUCUGUAGGUGAUGAGGAUAAAGAGCAUGUCCAUGAACUAUUAAAUUUCUCAUCCAAUGAUUUGAAGAAGCAUAUUGUGGGAUGCUCUACUCCUGCUUUGAAUGGCCUAAGUGAGAAGGAUCUCUUCAUCUCCAAACAAGAUCACGCAUUAUGCAACUCGAUGCCCAUCUCAGCUGUAAAUUUAGCGCUGCAGGAGGAUCAUCCAUCUGGAAAAUCUCCAAAAGCGCAUCGCUCUUUCUUUUCAUUUGCGACAUUUCGUAGCAAGCUUCAUGAAUCCAAGAUACAGGUAACAGGAUAAAGGUCCAUAUUAUCGGUGUUUGAUCACAACCUUGAGAAAUUUUCCAUAUUCUACUUCAUGUAGUUAAGAGUGGUUUGGUGAUUUGGGUCCCUGUUUCCACUGUCAAUUUUGUGUGCCUGAUGGUCCAUUGAAUUUAUUAGAUCAGCUCUUCCAAGAGUCUGGCAAAGUGUUAUGAUAUCUGAUAUUGUCAAGAUGAUAUGUAUGAAUAGCAGCAAUGAGAUACCAAGCAAAUCUGAUGUGCAGCGGCUGUUUCUGAGUUCUGCAUUCUGUACCAUGGCAUUUUCUUUUGGGAGAGAAGGGAUUGUUUGUUUGGAAACUGAAAGUCG